CCCGAAAGAAGCGUAAGAGUAAUAACAGACCCAGUGUUAUGCUUGGAGAGACUGAAGUAAACUUUGAAAUACGUGAUACGAAAUUGGAUCAAAGAUAUCUAUGCCUGACCCACUGUUACUAAGAAAACAACAUCAAGAGAAGAGAUCAAGGGCCGUCGUGACACAGAAACAAUCGAAGCCAAAGUUGAUACUCCCAAAAUCUUUAUCGCCUGAAUAUGCCGUUGUGCUGCCAAAAUCAUAUAUCUUGAUAAGUUCAGAUGGAAAGCCGCCCAGUAAAGUCCGUCAAGAUAUUGAUGUACUGAAACUGGUUGAACAAGCAGAAGGAGAAAAGGUUGAGUCGCUCUAUGAAAGGUACUCGUGCAACAUUUGCAGUGUUAAAUUUGCAAAACGAACACUGUUUGUUAAACAUGUGAAAAUGCAUACGUACAGGUGUGAGACUUGCCUGAAACCCUUUAAAAGUGAGAUUGAUCUUGACCUGCAUUUGAAGACCCAUGGAUCACAAGAGGACGUCAAAUUGGAAUAUCCUUGUAAUGUCUGCAAUUAUGUCAGCAAGAAUAAACGUAUUCUUGAGGCCCAUUUCAUAAGAAAACAUACAGACGUUUACAAUUUCUCUUGCGAGGUAUGCGGAAAGGCGUACAAAAUAAAAAAUGACCUAAGAACGCAUGUGAUCAAGUAUCACAGCGGAAACCCACCUGUAGUAUGCGACGUCUGUGGAAAAUCAUGUGUUGAUAAACACACCUUGAAAGUGCACCAGAAGUUUGCUCAUUACAAGCCACAGUUCAAAUGUUCUAUUUGCCCAAAACGAAUGGUAUCUCAAGAAAAUUUGGACCAGCAUGUUCAGUGGCAUAAUGAAAAAGUGAUAUGCGAAGAGUGCGGCAAGACAUUUUCUGAAAAAUGUUCAUUAGCAGUUCAUAUGAGAACACAUACUGGCGACAAGCCCUACCCUUGCCCCGUGUGUGAGAAAUCUUUCGCUCGUUCCGGUGCUCAAAGGCAGCAUAUCCUAACUCAUACUGGUCAGCGUCCUUAUGUAUGCGAUAUCUGUGGCAAGUCGUUUACGCAAAAGCCUGGAUUGAUUUGUCACAGAAAGACACACCCAGGGCCAUUACCUCCACUUCCGCCAUUAUAUAUUGAGGAUAUAUUAAAACAGUUUGAAGCAGAUUGCCUCGACAAAUACAAAAACUCUCCAGAGAAUAAAUGACUUGUAAAUACAACAUCCUUCCUCUAAUAGCAAAAGUGAGGUAUCACUGUACCGCGUAAAUUUGUGUAUAAAUAUAAAAUUCCAUGCUCCAAUAAGCCACUGU